GGGUGUCUCCUGGCACAUGUGUUAAAUAUAUAAAGAGAGCAAAUUAUUGUGGAUGGCACCGACUCCUGACUGCAGCUCGUAGAUUAAACUGGGACUUGCAGGACAUGACAGAAAUGAAGUGGGUUUUUUGCCUGAUAGCUGCAGGUCUUUGCUUGUGUUUGCAAAGCCAUGUGGAUGCUGAACCUCAUUUGAGCAGAAGUGUCAUUGAAAAGGCUGUGAUUGAAGCCAAGGCCACAGUGGACUCGGCCUAUGAGUACUCCAGAAGAGAGAGUAUUGAUCGUGUGAAGAGGAAUGCAGCAAAUCCUUCAGACAUCCUGCGGUUGCUGAAGCAGCCUGCUGGGUUAACCCGCUCCGCUGUGCGUGCUGCAGACUACAUGGACAAUGCCGUGAAACUGAUCAAGAGGUCUUUGGAAAAACGUCAAAAACGCUCCAUCAAUGCCACAGAUCUGAUCACUGAGGAGGACCUUCAGGUCAUUGCUGAUCUGACAGGCUGCUCUGCCCGCCAUCGUGUCCCUUCUUGCAAGACGACUCCAAAUUUAAACCAGUUUCGCACUGCAAGCGGCGUCUGCAACAACAGAAUAAACACCCGCAGGGGAUCCUCCAACACACCUCUCACCCGCUGGCUCCCGGCUGAGUACCAAGAUAAAAUCUCUCUGCCCAAGGGCUGGAACCCUAAGCUUAGAGUCAACAAACGACUUCUUCCUUUGGUAAGAGAAGUGUCCAACUGCAUUCUGAAAACAGCAAACUCUGAAGUGGAAAAUGAUCCACUCUACACUCACCUGGUGACAAUCUUCGGCCAGUGGACUGAUCACGACCUGAGCUUCACUCCUCACUCCCCCGUCAUCCGCUCCUUCAGUAACGGUAUUGACUGUGAUCACAGCUGUGAACGCACAGAGCCCUGCUUCCCCAUUGAGAUUCCCAAGACAGACCCCCGUUUUCGCAAAAACUCAGACAAGUGCAUCCCCUUCUUCCGCUCAGCACCAGCUUGUGGAUCUGGCAACACCGGCCACAUCUUUGGUGCAAGCAAUAUCCGUGAGCAGAUGAACACUCUCACAGCUUUCAUCGAUGUAGGCCAGGUGUACGGUGCAGAUGAUGCCAAAGCUCGCUUCCUCAGGGACCUCACCACAGACGAGGGCCUGUUGAGGGUCAACACACAGUACACUGACAACGGUCGUGAGCUCCUGCCCUUCUCCAACGCGACUGUCAACAUGUGUGCCACACGAGCCAAAAUUACUAAUGAGGUUGAUGUUCAGGAGGUGCCCUGCUUUGUGGCUGGUGACGAACGAGUCAAUGAGAACAUUGGUCUGACCUCUUUGCACACACUGUUGUUGCGUGAACACAACCGUCUUGCACGUGCUCUGGCCAAACUCAACCCUCACUGGAAUGGAGAGAGACUCUACCAGGAGACACGCAAGAUCAUGGGUGGAUAUUUCCAGGUUAUCACCUUCAGAGAUUACUUACUCCACAUCGUCGGUCCAGACUUCAUUACCAAGCAGCUGUCCGACUACCCUGGUUAUGAUGAAGAUGUGGACCCAAGCAUCUCCAAUGUGUUUGCCACCGCUGCCUACAGAUUUGCCCAUCUGAUGGUUCAGCCUGUCAUGUUUCGUCUGAAUGAAGAGUACAAAGAACACCCUGAUUACCCAAACCCACUGCUGCACAAAGUCUUCUUCACACCAUGGAGAAUCGUCUUUGAAGGUGGUUUGGACCCAGUCCUCAGGGGCCUGGUGGGUCGCAUGGCCAAGCUAAACACACAGGAUCACAUGAUGUCAGAUGAGCUGAGGGAUAGGCUGUUUAAAUUCUCCUCUGAGUUGGCGUUGGAUCUGGCAGCUCUCAACAUGCAGAGAGGAAGAGACCAUGGACUCCCUGGCUACAACGAAUGGCGCAAGUUCUGUGGGUUGUCACAACCAAAAAAUCAGAGGCAGCUGGCAAAAGUAUUGAAAAAUAAAGACCUGGCCAAGAAGCUGCUGGAUUUCUACGGCACACCUAACAACAUUGAUGUGUGGCUCGGGGGAGUGGCUGAGCCGUUUGUCCGUGGAGGAAGAGUGGGACCUUUGUUUGCCUGUCUGAUUGCCACCCAGUUCCAGAAGAUCCGUCAAGGAGACCGACUUUGGUGGGAGAAUGAGGGAGUCUUCACUGAGGCCCAGAGGGAGACCCUGAAGCAGACAUCACUGUCCCGCAUCAUCUGUGACAACACUGGUAUCACUCAGGUGCCAGACAGGCCCUUCCAGUACCAGACCAAGUCCCGUUACACUAAAUGUAAAAACAUCCCUGCUUUCGACCUCAGUCCAUGGAAGGAGAAUAUUAAGUAGAAAUCCUCACUUCAGCAGUCUUACUAUAGAUGGGUAAAUUUUACUGCUGCUGACUUCGGUGAAAUCUUCAAACCAUUACUGACGCAAAGGUCCAAUGUUUGCAAACUGUGUCACUGUUUAAUUUUUAAUAUUUUCGUGCUUUGUUGUGUCAAAUGAAAUUAUUUUCCUUUGCAGUUUCCACGUUAAGUGGAACAUAAUAAAUGAGCUUACUCAGGAUAA